GUCACGAGUUAUCAAUUACCUCUGAAGAAAAGACAGCCGUGCAAUGUGGAACAGGCUGCAGAACUUCGCAAUCACAGUCAAAGCUUUACUGACAGUUUGAUUGUGGAUUGUGAUUUUUAUCCACGUUUUCUACCCCCAUCACAUAUUAUAUCUUCAACGCAUACAUUCUCAUUCAGUUUUGACGGCUUUUAUGUAUUCUCGCUUAUUCGUACCGACUUUUUGUAGAUGUGGAACCACGACAAACACAGUGUUUAUAGCGUUUCGUAGCAACGAGUUAAGACAGGCCGCGCUGUCAAGUUGGGCAACUAAAGUAUAAAGUUGUGAAAAUAAUCCAGAAGUAUAACCAUGGAAAUAUUUAGUACACUAUCGAUUUCUGUGCAGAAAUAUCAAGCUGAAGUACGCGGGAGUGAAGGCAACUGCUGAAAUAAAUGUAAAUAAAAAAGCAACGUAGUUAUGUCACCUUUAAUUGGAGACUUCAGUACAAGACUUGAAGUUAUGGAAGCAUUGUGGCAGGUUCAUACUCUUCUAGAGGAGUGACCUGUCUUAUGACACUUGAAAGAAAAUUUUAAGAAAAAAAUGACUGGUAGUACCAGAACAGCAACUAAUGCAGGUAAAACCUGGAAGCAAGAAAGAGAGCAAAGAGUAUAUCACUUAUCCAGCAUGGAUGAGGUAAUCAAAAAUCUUCACCUGCGAUAUAAAGAAAUACUGGAACCGCUCUCACUGAUUGCUAAUCCUGUUUCUAAUUUAAAGGAACCUGAAGGUAAAAAUAAACCUGAACGCCCAGUUACCCCUAUCAUUGACAGUGUUAAGAAACCUCCUGUCACACUAGCAGAGCUAAGCCAGCUGAUCCAGAGGAGAAUCGGUGUGAGACCAGAUGCUGUAACUGUUUCCAAAGAUGAUCAACAAAAGCUUGGAAGCAUCAUUCUGGAGGAAGUGAAGAUCAUUUGGCAGGACAUUCAGCACUUUGUUCCUGAUUCUUUACUGACACAAGAAGAAAACAUGGAACUGCAUCGACGAAUUGUGAUAUGCAUCAUUAUUGUGUGCGAGAAGCUUUAUCUUCACUAUCUGCAUAUGGUGGACAUACUACGCAGACGCAGGGUUUUCACUGAUGAGGCCAACUUGACUCGACUCCGGGCCCAGCUGUCUCAUGACUGCACAAAAUUUUUAAAUAUUCUUGCCAUCAGACACCGUGUCAUUGCAGACAUCAAGGCAUUAAGAGAAAAAAGUCAUAACACCAGCAAUUCCGCAAGACUUGUAUGUUUUUCGGAUGUCAAACCACAGAAGCAAGGCCAUAGCCCAACACAAACAUCUGCUACACAAUGUUCUAAGGGUGACCUUGCUCCACUUGGGUUUAAUAAUCUCAUUAAGCUAAGUCGUGCAAAACCACAAAUGACCAAGCACAGUGUGGCAGGAGAUCUGAAGGAGAUUGAGGAAAAAAUGCCUUAUUUGGAUCUGAAGAAGAUUUAUGACCUACUGCCUUAUCAAGAAGAUCUCCGCAGUGACAGUGCACAAAUGCCAUAUGCAGCAAUCUGGACUCCAAGUUCUUCCAAGCAACAGUCUGAAGACCAAGUUUCUUCCAAAGUGCCUGAACAUGUUUCUGUAGCCAUUUUACAGAGAUAUGAGUCAAUGCCAAACCUAAGAGAUGGAGAACUUCUAACAGAUGAACUUGGAAUUCAGCUGAAGGACCCUCGUUCACAGACUCCUCUUGUAUACUGUACCCAUGUCAAAUCUGCAGCAGAGGCAGAUGUUCAUCGAUAUCAAAAUGAAGCUGAUGAUCUCACAAGACUGUUGCAGGCUUCUAGCACACAAAUGUUACAAAACGCAGACAAUGAUCAAGAUACAGAGCUUCCACCUCUAGUCAGUGCCACAACCCGAACUAAGAGCAAUGAAAUGAAGCUCCAUUGGUUACAUAAGUCAUUAAAGCUUCUGGAAGACGAAGAGGAGGCAGAAAAGACUGCUGGAAAGGUACAUUUCACAGAGCCAGAAUUCCCCCAAGCAGCCACAGUGGAUAUGAAAUUUUCCAAGACAUAUGUGUGUAGAACAGCAGAUGUCCAAGUAUCUGAGCGAGUUCUUCCUGACUCUGUCAACAUUCAACCACACCCUCCAGUCUACAAUGAUCUUUUGGAAGAGAUUGAACCAUCGACUGUAAAGUGGCUUGACAGAAAUCUAUUAAUAAGAAUUGAACUUUCUGAAAUUUAUGAGGAGCUAAGGAAAAGUAUUUCAGUGGAUCACUUGAGAUUUGAUAAGGAUGUGGACAUGGCAGCCAUACCAACCAAUACAGAUGUGUCCAAAUGUAUGGCGUCAUCAACAUUAACAAAGAGAAAAAAUGAGCGUAUUAUUAAUGAAGAACUCGCCAAUCCCAUGUUCAGCACUUUAUAUAAAUGCAGCCAUGAUGAAAUUAAGGAAGUAAAGCAUGAUACUAAGUCAAAGGGCAGGUCUCAUCAAGACUAUACUUCUUGGCUAGAAUGGUGGAACUCCACAAUGGAAACAGAUGCUUACUUGAAGUAUUUAUCGACACAGGAAUCUGACUUUUUGGGGGUUGUAUUUCACUUAUAUAAUAGUGAUAAUGAAGAUGAAGAAACAGAAGCAGAAAAAGCUAUAAGACUACAAAAAGAACAAUUAAAGAGGGAGAAAGAUCUGAAGUUGGCAGAACUGAAACUGAAGAAAGAGGAGUUUAUUUCUGGUAUGUGGAAUGUUAAUUCCAUAAUGUUAGGAGGCCUUGGCAAAGACCCAACACUGGAAGAUGAACAAAGUGAGUACAAAUCAGUCCAAGAGAAGUCUGCACAUCAGUUGAAGGUUGACAAAGCAUCUGCCAAAGAACAAGAACAGGUAUCUGAAGAUAACUUACAAAGCAGACUGGAGAGAAUCUGGACUGAUCUUCUUCUCCCUGAUGGUGCAAGACUUGACAUGGCUAUUAAAUAUGCUUCAAAUAAAUUCAAGCCUCGUCUUUCAGAGGCUAUUGAUGCAUGGGAAGAGGCUGCAAAGCUCAUAAAACACCGAGAAUUUCUGUUAGCAAAGCUUGAAAAAUUUGAGCAAACUGCAUCUAAUCCAAACAGGUUCUUUAUAAAAGGCUACCAGGGAACUUCAAGAGCACGAAUGGCUGAAUCAGAAGAGAGACAGAAAAUGCAUACAGAGAUUUCAACGUUGGAAAUUAAGGUGCUUCAGGUAUUACAGAAAAUUAAAGAGCGAUUCCAAGAUACUGUCACGUUUCAAGGUCGUUCAUACAUUGAGAAAAUGAAAUGGGAUAAAGUAGAGAUGUUGUACUGGCUACAACAAAAAAGACGUCAUCUUACUGUGGAACAAGUAAUCGAACAAAGGGAGAACAUACCUCUGCGACUUCCUCCUCUAAAACUUUUACCAUAAAAAAUUGCUAUGUUUUUAUGAUACUGAAGAAAAAAUAAUAAUUUCAAGUCAUGUUAUUCUCUGUAUUACUGCAUCCGGUUUCUUAUAUUGUAAUUUUGGACUAUGUUGAAUAGUUGUCAUUUUAUACCUUUCACCGUUAUAUAGAUCAUUAAAUCUUAAAUGCCACAAAGCCA